CUCAAUGAAGGAAAUAGCAAACCAACACAGCCACGGUAUAUGAGUAAGGCGAAGAGUCCUUAUUAAACACAUGACGCCUUCCAAUGCUUGCUACAAGUACCACAGAUAUACAAGACACGGCUAUGAUGCUUCCUCAGGAAAAUACAACAACAGCAAAUACAACAACUUGUAUUCAGCAUCCCACCGCUACCAUGAACACAAUUCUUGCUGUGGUCUACUCUUUCAUUUUUAUCAUUGGGCUUGUUCUGAAUAGUCUUCCCCUGUGGGUUUACUUUUGUCAUACGCACACCAAAAACUGUGUCAACGUCUACUUGAAAAACCUGGCAAUAGCUGACUUCUUAUUAAUUUUGUCCUUGCCGGUGAAAAUUACUGCAUACUCAACCAGUUAUACAAUUGUCCGCCAGAUUUACUGUACCAUUUCAGCAACAGUUUUCUACCUGAACAUGUAUGCAAGCAUCUUGUUUAUGGAAUAUAUUGGAGCAAACAGGUACCUCAAAAUCGUGAAGCCACUUGAAACUUACAAAUGGCAGACUGUUAAGGCUGCAAAAUAUAUUUCUCUUGGAACCUGGAUACUGCUUCUCAGCAUUGGUGUGGGACACAUGUACCUCUCAAGCAACACUCCAGGAACCACAAGCAAAUGUAAUGUCAGUAAUGUCAGUGUCUCCGGAAAGCUGUUCAGUGUAGUAGUGCAUACUUCUUCAUUAAUCUUGUUUAUGUUUGUGCUCACAUCGCUCUGCUUUUUCUAUGUCCAAAUGUCCAAAAGGUUAAAAGGCAACACAUUUUCCUCAAACAUAAAGCUAAGGAAGUCCAGGAACAACAUUUUAGUUCUAGUAACUGUAUUUUCAGUUUGUUUUGUACCCUACCACAUAGUCAGGCUUCCUUAUGUUUUAGCAAACAGCAAAAUAAUCACCAGUUGCUUCUGGGAAAACCAUUUACAUUAUUUAAAGGAAUUUGCCACCGUUCUGUCAAGUCUCAAUGCCUGUCUAGAUCCUAUGAUUUAUUUCAUCUUUUGCAAAGCGUUUCGGGCUAAAUUAUGUUUAGAAAAGUAUCUUAUAAAGAAGAACACUUUACCAGCAAACCAAGCCAGAGGAAAUGAAGAGAUAGAUUUUUCUAUUCAGGGGGCUACAGCGAUGAAUACUCUUGACCAAUCACACAUCUGAGCAUGUUAAUAGCUUUUCUAAUGUUUCUUUGUGCGGUCACCCUGUUUGAACGCUUGUAUUCAUUCGGAGUAGUCAGUGUGCCUUCUUAUUUUACAUGACGUAAGCCUCUUUGAUGCUAAAAGAACAUACCAUUUACACCAGAAAGGUUUUAUAACAUAUAUUAUGUAAAGAUGUGUACUAAGAUAUGGAUAUUUGUUAUAUAAUAUCAUUUUCAAUUCUUAUCAUCAAUCACUGCACUAUUUCAUACAGUAUCCUAUCUGUACGUAUUUUCCUCCAGUAAUGUUGUUGAAGCUGACACCCUGGGAUCCUUCAAGAAGCUGCUUGAUGAGAUUAUGGGAUCAAUAAGCUACUAACAGCCAAACGAUUGUAACCUUUCUUAUGUUCUUUGUAUGUUCUUAAUAAAUAAAAACAGAAUGUUACCGAAGCAGUGUGGACACUUUGUUAAUGUAAGACUAGAAGCUGAGAGGGAAUAUUUUAGGGUACUAAUUUAGGUUGUGCUCUUGCCAUACACACCAGUUUGAUGUACUGUAUGCUAGAAACCACAAGU